AUGGUUCUUAGUGUACUCACCGUCAUAUCUCAUCUGGAGCAGCUUGCAAAAGAGACUGUUGCCAAAACAGAAAAGUUCAUCGUGGAGACACUAAACAUCGAUGCAUCGACGCUCCAAUCCAAGCAACUCUCGGCACGUGCGUUGGACUACUACUUUGACACAGAAGACCUCGACAGUGUUCGAGAUCUAGUGAAAUCGCAAUGCCUCAAACAGGACUAUGACCUCGUGAUCCAGCCAGUCUCCACUAGACAAAACAAGAAGUUAUUCAUCUUUGAUAUGGAUUCAACUUUAAUUUACCAAGAGGUGAUUGAGCUCAUUGCCGCAUACGCGGGCAUCGAGGAUAGAGUAGCUGAAAUCACCAACCGUGCAAUGAACGGCGAGCUAGACUUCAACGAAAGCUUACGGGAGAGAGUCGGCUUAUUACGCGGCAUCAAUUCAUCCACGAUAUGGAAGGAGUUGGAAGACAAAAUUGAAAUCACCAAUGGCGUUCGGCCCUUGACGACGGCGUUGCACAAAUUAGGAUGCAUCAUGGGCGUAUGCUCCGGUGGAUUCAUCCCCUUGGCGGAACACAUCAAGAACCAGCUCGGGUUGGACUACGCCUACGCCAACAGAUUGGGCACCGACGAGAACAACAUCUUGAAUGGCGAAACCAUUGGCGAAAUCGUCAAUGGCGACAAAAAGGCCGAGUUGUUGUUGGAGAUUGCCCGUAGGCAUAAUAUCCAGCCUCGAGACGCGGUGGCGAUUGGCGAUGGCGCUAACGAUUUGAAAAUGAUGUCCGUGGCUGGGUUUGGAAUUGCGUGGAAUGCUAAACCAAAAGUCCAGUUGCAGGCGCCGGCGUGCUUGAACACGGAGUCCUUGUUGGAUGUCUUGUAUAUAAUGGGCCACACCGAAGAAGAAAUCAAUAAACUUAUAGAAUAG